AUGUCCAAGAUUAGUGGUUGGUCCGAAGAGUUUAGUGCACGCCUGAAAAGAAUUCAGCCUCAAGCUCAGUUUGAUAACGUUUUCAUUGAUGCCCACAGUUCAAAGCCGAACAGAGGAAAACCUAGUUCCAAAACUAGAAACGGCCAAGUAGAAGGAGCAGUUGGGGGGACAUCAUCCUCUAACAUAGCGUACCUUGUUCCAGAGGAGGGCAAGACAAGUGAUUUUGAGUUGAAGAGUGGGUUCCUACAUCAUUUGCCUAAGUUCCAUGGACUCUCAGGAGAUGAGCCCAAUCAACAUUUCACUAUGUUCCAGUUCAACUGUGAGACCAUGUGCCCUAGAGGAGCUGGUAUUCAUAUAGUGAAGAUGAGGGCGUUUCCAUAUUCAUUAGAGGAUCGAGCUCAAAAGUGGUUGUUUGAGGUACCUACUGGUAGGAUUACUUCAUGGACAACAAUGGUGAACGAGUUUCUGUCAAAAUAUUUUCCAUCUUCAAGGGUGACUCACAUAAGGAAGCAUAUAACUAGUAUCAAGCAAGGGCCGGAUGAGUCAUUUUACAACUACUAUGAGAGGUUCAAAUCUCUUGUAGCAUCAUGCCCAGCCCAUGGAAUUAGAGAAGGUCUGUUGCUUCAAUAUUUCUAUGAAGGAUUGCUACAAAUGGAGAGAGAGUUUCUAAAUUUAGCAGUUGGUGGAUCAUUUCUAGACAAGAGUAAUGUGGUAGCAAAGGAUCUAUUGGAGAAAAGAGCCAUGAACAAUCAGCAAUUUGGGACAUCUGCUAGUUCCACACGGCAGGUACAUGAGACCAAAUUGACCAAAUUGAGUUCAAGCUCUGCUCUAGAGGACAAGGUUGAUAAGGUGUCCAAGAUGAUGAGUCAUUUCAUGAAGACUAGUGCAGCUCAAGUUUAUGGAAUCUGUAUGGAGGGGCACCCUACUGAUCAUUGUCCUCAAGUUGCUUCUAGUGGAGGGUAUGAGGAAGUCAAUUCCCCUGGUUAUCAAGGAGGUCAGAGACCACAAGCUCCACUACUCAAUGUUCCACCUCCCAACGUGGCUAGUACUCCUAAUUAUGAUAAGAUGUUGAAAUCUUUAGCUGCUGGGCAAAGUCAAUUGAAUACCGUGACUCAAACUUUGGUGGUGGGUCAACAAGCGAAUAUCAAGAACAUUACGGAGCUAAACACGCAUAUGGGUCAGAUAGUAGACUUUAUGGGCCGUUUUCUGAGCAAGGGAAGUUGCCAAGUGGUGUCAUACCUUACCCAAGGAAUGAGCAAGCCCAAGCUAUCAUGA